AUGAUUCGAAAGCCACAUGUAACUCAAAAAGGAGUUGUUCUUCGUGAAAUUCUUGUACCAGUUUCUACAUCCUCAAAGAAGCGAAGGGUUGAGGAUGUUGCAAAUCAUAUUUCAAAGAAGACGAAGAAGAGAAAAUCGAUCCUUCAGGAAGACGAAGAAGACAAAGUAGUUCUUGAUUCACCAAUUGGUAAUGUUUCAAGUAGCUCUGUGAAAACUUCAACGGUGAACACAUCUACUCUUCAUGUCAACUCCACAAAAAUAUUGACUCCUACGCAGACUUCGGUCAUACCACCCGAGGUUUCGUUAACCAAGCCAUUUACUGGGGAGUUUCGAACCUCAGACAUUCUUACACAUGUAUCUAAUACAGAUGUAAAUGUCAACAUAUGUGAAGGAUUCUCAAACAAAGAAAAUCCAGUGUCUACUCAAGGGGCUAUGAAGAAAGUGGUAGAAUGGUAUCAAUCUCUUCUUCCCAAGUUUGAUGAAAAGGCAGCUAAUGAUAUUGGUAGUUUUGGAAAACCUGAUACCAUGCUGAGUGAACACAAAGAGCGAGUUUUGAAAUCUGGCUAA